AUGAACAAUGUGGCCCCCGGAACGACAAUUCAGCUGGGCCGCGUGUGGACACGUUUGUAUAACACGGGUUUUUUUUUUGCAUGUUCUCCUCCACCAACUUGCCGCAAGCCAACGCUUGCUUUUUUGCUGGAGGACAAGGAGGUGGACCACGAUCUGAAGCUGAUCUCGCGCAGCAAGCCGAUCUCGGCGAGCCGGGCGGCAGCAGCGGCGGCGGCAGCUGCGGCCGCCGCCGCAGCCUCCUCCACCGCCGCCGCCGCUCAACAUUCCGUCAACGAUGGGGCGAGCGGUAGCACCGGCGGCACGGGUGGAGGAACGCAAACGGGUGGUGGCGGAGGAGGAGGAGUAGGAGUAGGAGGAGGAGGAGGGGGCGGCGGCGGAGGAGCGAAUGCUGCCGACCAGAACGGUGGAUCUCAGCCGGCGGAGGGCUACGGUGGCAGUGGGGCAGCACCCACGGGAACGGGCGGACAAUCGAACGCGCAACCGUCGACGGAAACGCGCAUCGAGGAUGGGAAGCUGUGGUACGAGCGGCGCUGGUUCCACCGCGGCCAGCCGGUGCACGUCGAGGGCCGGGACAUACCGCGCUUUCCGGCCAACAUCUCCGCGAUCGGGACCGAGGCGAUCUGCGUGAAGAAAACGUCCGACGGGCAGAAGGUGCGCAUCUUUCUGUCGCAUCUGCGCCGCGGCAAGGUGUCGAUCAAGCGGCGGGCCAACUAAACUAUGCGGACAAUGGGGGGGAGGGAGGAAAAGAAGGGCUUUUUCGGUAGAGAGGCAUGUUGGGCGUUUUUGCCGCCCGACGAGAACGAGAAGCGUUGUUUUGUGGUUUCCGAGCGCCACUGGACAAAUUUUUUUGGUUAGAGAUUUAUAAUAAUUGCGUGCGUUUUUUUUUGUAUAAGGAGAUAUGUGCGCUAUUUGUGAGAUAGGAAAAGGGCAGGGGCUGGGUGAAAUAGCCAAAAACCGUACGACACUUACCCACGGGCCAAAGUCGAUCUCGGAUUACAGAUGAGCAAUACACACACGCGCGCACACUAACAAAACCGCGGACUGCUAGGAGCUAACACGAUAAAACUAAGAAUUCGAGCUCGCGCUCGCUCACUCUUACCCCACGAAAUACACACACGCACGCAAACACA